AUGUGGUUGCACCGCGUCCCCGCCGCCAUCGCGGCCCUUCGGGGCUACGGCACCGCGGGGAGGCGGCUGCUGCUGCGGCAGGUCCCGGGGGGAAUGGGGGCCCGUGGGGGGGUGGCCGUGGACGGGUUCCCUCCCGCAGUGAACACCCACUGCCACGCGGAUCACGUGACCGGGUCUGGCGCGCUGCGCGCGGCGCUGGGGUGCCGCAGCGCCAUCUCGCGGGAGAGCGGCGCAAGCGCGGACGUGCUCCUGCGCGAUGGGGACGAGCUGCGCUUCGGAGCCUUCGCGCUGCAGGCACGUGCCAGCCCCGGGCACACGGCCGGGUGCUUGACGCUGGUGCUGGACGAUGAAUCCAUGGCGUUCACCGGGGACGCGCUGCUCAUCCGGGGCUGCGGCCGCACCGACUUCCAGCAGGGCUGUGCCCGCACCCUGUACCGCUCCGUGCAUGAGAAGAUCUUCACCCUCCCCGAUGAGUGCCUGGUCUACCCCGCGCACGACUACAAUGGGCACACGGUGUCCACGGUGGGGGAGGAGCGGCGCCUGAACCCCCGCCUCACGCUGAGCCCCGACGCCUUCGUUGCCCUCAUGGAGGGGCUGCAGCUGCCCCGCCCCCGACGCAUGGACGAGGCUAUUCCAGCCAAUCUCCGCUGCGGGAUCCAGGAUGAGCCUGUUAACCCCGCCCCCUCUGGCUAAGCCCCGCCCCCAGGGAUAAGCACCGCCCCCC